AUGGAAGAAACUCACCUAUUACCAUUACAUUCUUUAACACAAGAAAUUGAAAUCGAGUCUGACUCUUCAAUUAGUUUAGACGACGAAGUAAUUGAAAAUGUUAUUCAAAUGCUUGAUAAUGUAAUAGAUUUAUCGGAUAUUACCAACGGAUUACAAGACAAUGAAGAAGAUGAUGAUCAACAACAAGCUGAAAUUGUCAUUUCAAUAUCUUCCAUGAUUGAUACAACAACUAAUCUGAUUACGGCAACGAAAAAUCUAUCGAAGAUUCUUCUUCAAAACGUCGAUCUUAAACUGUUCAAGAAAAACUAA